AUGACUGCAAAGGGACAGAGAUUUGUGAGGUUCAAGGAUUGGAAGUCACUUUCAUCUUCGAGUAUUGAGCACAAUGAUUCCAAUAGUGACGGAUUUCAAAAAAGAAAAGUCCAAUCAAGCGUAAGUUCUGUCAGUGAUGAAUCAAUAAGAAAUUUAUCUUGCAGGAGCCGUGUUCUUCAUCCACAGGGGCCAACACUUCAGAAGUGGAACAAAAUUUUUGUAAUCACAAGUGUGAUGGCAAUUUCUGUGGACCCACUUUUCUUUUACAUUCCAGUGAUCGAUGACAAGAAAAAAUGCCUUGAUUUGGAUGGAACACUGAAGAUUACUUCCAGUGUUCUCCGCACAUUCUUUGAUCUUUUCUACAUUCUUCACAUCAUCUUUCAGUUUCGAACCGGGUUUAUUGCACCUUCCUCUCGUGUGUUUGGAAGGGGUGAGCUUGUUGAUGACACUUCAGCCAUAGUGAUGAGAUACUUAAGUUCUUACUUCAUCAUUGACAUUCUAUCAAUUAUUCCACUUCCUCAGAUGGUCAUUUUAGCUAUGAUCGUAUUCCCAUCAUGCUCGGUUCCUUAUGUGGGAAAGGAUUUGUUGAAGUAUACAAUAAUAGCCCAGUACGUGCCAAGACUUCUGCGGAUCUACCCUUUAUUCAAAGAAGUUACAAGCACUUCUGGCAUAUUGACCGAGACGGCAUGGGCUGGAGCAGCUUACAAUCUUUUUCUCUACAUGCUAGCAAGUCAUGUGGUUGGAGCUUUCUGGUAUCUGUUUUCAGUAGAAUCAAGGGUGAGGUGCUGGCGCAGGCAGUUGAAGAAUACUACAUUCUUUCAUGAAUCCUUCCUUAGCUGUGGACCUGGACAGUCUAUUGUUCAAUCACUUCUCAAUCAUUCUUGCCCUAUCACUGAUCCACAAGACAUUGUAGACCUGGAAGCUUUCAAUUUUGGAAUGUUCGUGGAAGCUCUAAAGUCUCGGGUGGUAGAAUCAACCACUGAUUUUCAUCACAAGUUCUUCUACUGCUUUUGGUGGGGUUUGCGCAGUGUAAGUUCUGUUGGUCAAGGUCUCCAGACAAGUACUUAUGUUGGGGAGAUAAUCUUUGCUAUCUUCAUUGCUGUCUUCGGAUUGGUUCUAUUUGCAUCACUUAUUGGAAACAUGCAGAAAUAUCUACAAUCUACCACUGUCAGAGUUGAAGAGAUGAGAAUCAAAAGGAGGGAUGCAGAACUGUGGAUGUCCCACCGUAUGCUACCCGAUUUCCUGAAGCAGAGAAUUAGACGGUAUGAACAAUACAAAUGGCAAGAAAAUAGGGGUGUUGAGGAGGAGACAUUAAUUCGCAACCUCCCUAAAGAUCUCAGAAGGGACAUAAAGCGCCAUCUUUGCUUAGAACUACUUAAAAAAGUGCCAAUGUUUGAGAACAUGGAUAAUCAGUUGUUGGAUGCACUGUGUGAUAAACUAAAGCCAGUCCUGUACACAGAGAAAAGUCACAUAGUUCGUGAAGGGGAUCCAGUUGAUGAGAUGCUCUUCAUCAUGCGUGGAACACUUGCAACUGCCACAACAAAUGGUGGAAGAACUGGUUUCUUCAACUCCUUUGAGAUCAAGGCUGGUGAUUUCUGUGGAGAAGAGCUUCUAACAUGGGCCUUGGACCCCAACUCCUCCUCAAAUCUACCCAUUUCAACUAGAACUGUGGAAACUAUAUCAGAAGUUGAAGCCUUUGCUCUCAUGCAUGAUGACUUGAAAUGCGUUGCUUCCCAAUUUCGACGUCUUAUAAACAGCAAACAACUCCAACACACUUUCAGGUUCUACUCCGUGCAAUGGAAGACAUGGGGUGCAUGUUUCAUACAAGCAGCAUGGCGUAGAUACAGAAAAAAGAAGGCAGAGAGGAAGUUACGUGAAGCAGAAGAAAGGAUACAAAAUUUGGAAAACGAGGAAGGGUCUUCACCUAGCUUUGUUGCCACUGUAUAUGCAUCAAGGUUUGCAUCAAGUGCAUUGCGCCAUUUGCGAAGUGGUAAACGCACCAGAGUGCCACAGCCACAGAGAUUGCUACCCCUGAUGCCUCAGAAGCCUUCUGAGCCAGAUUUCACUGCUCAGAAAAACUAG